AUGAAGAUCCCCUUUAUGCUACUAAUUUUCCUCCUAUUCGUCUCCGAAUCCCAAGCUGGAACCCCCUGCGCCGAUUCAUCUCAAUGCUCUAAAAUGAGAAAAUGCAUCAAAGGAAAGUGCACUUUGAAGCCGAACCUUCGGAAAAUCUGUCUGAAACCGUGUCCAACAGGAACAAGAUGUGUCAAUGGAAACUGUAUUCGUUGA